AUGGAGUCGAAACGCGUGCUUUCUAUACAGAGCCAUGUUGUCCAUGGUUACGUAGGAAAUAAAAGCGCACUCUUUCCAUUACAGCUUCAUAAUUUCGAAGUCGACAGCAUCAAUUCCGUCCAACUGUCAUGUCAUACCCAAUAUGCUCAUUGUACUGGUCAAGUUUUGUCUUCGGAACAUUUGAAGUCGAUAUAUGACUCGUUGAGACUCAAUGGGUCCGCAAGCUAUGAUGCUCUACUUACGGGAUAUGUUGGCGAUCCAAAUUUGCUGAUACAACUGGCUGAAAUCGCUGCAGGAAUCAAAUCGGCUACUCCGCAUUGUGAUCCUGUUAUUGGUGACAAUGGUCAUAUCUAUGUACCAAAAGACUUGGUUCCUAUCUACAGGGAGAAGAUCUUGCCAAUCGCUGACGUUUUAUUGCCUAAUCAGUUUGAAGCCGAGCUUCUAACUGGAUGCAAAAUUACUGAUGAAGACUCUGUAUUUCAUUGUAUUGAUGUGCUUCAUUCGACUCAUAGCAUUCCUACAAUUAUCCUCAGUAGUACUGAACUAUUUUUUGAGGAUGAACAGGGCCUUAAGCAACUUGCCACUUACAUUAGCUACCGCCCAGAUCUUGCUGUGCUGCGGAAACGUGGCGAAUUCAACGGAGACUUGUGUCAGAAAGGCAAAGAAACUUCUGAGAUUAAAUCAUUCUCUAUUUGUGCUAUAUUGCGAGUGACUCCUCAACGUGUUCGCGCCCUAUACCCCAAAUUGGAGGCCACAUUUUUUGGCACUGGCGACUUGUUUAGCAGUUUGACGCUGAUAUACUUUGAAAAACACGGCGGAAACGUUGACAUUAGGAAGGCGCUCUACAAAAUUCAGUGUACAAUGCAUGCUGUUCUCAAACGGACGUUGGAUUAUGCUGAAAACCUUAACUCUGGUCAGCCAGUUGCUAAUCCCGCUAACAUUAUGCAAAAGUCUGACCGAUACGAGUUGAGGCUCAUCCAGAGCGCAAAGGAUAUCCUCGAUCCUCCGGAGUACGCCUCCAUUCAAGUAACCUCACUUCAGUGA